AUGGUCUGGCAGCAGGUGGGCCAGGAGCGGGCACUGCUAUCCCAUGAGCAGCGUCCCUCGUCCCGACAUGGCCGCUCUGUCCACAGCCCGCGGGAGCGCCGGCUGCCCUUGGCCGUGCGGCUUCAGGCAGAGGUGUUGGCUUCCCCGGUGGCUCGCUCACAGCUCCUGGGAAUGUCCCUGAAAAGCAACGCCAAGGUCCCGGACCCUGAACCACACUGCGGGAACCAGGCUGUGGAUCUGAGGGCUAAUAAUGAAAUACGGAGCACAGAGCAGUCGGUACAAGACAACCCAGAUGCCAGCACCCGGGCCGGUCAUGUUAUGAAGUUCAAGUCCUCUUUGGUCCAUGAGGUGGAGGAGGCAGAUGUGGAGAAAGGGCCAGAGAGCCUGCUCAGAGCUGCUGUUCAGCCUGCCGCCUGCUGGCACCACACCGCCGUCCGGUCCCUCCCCACAAGGAAAAAGGCCGCUCCGCCCUCUUGGCCUCAGCUCUCCUGGCUAGUCCUCCCGCAGCCAGUCCUCCCGCAGCCAGCCCAGCGCGUCCCUCCUGCCCCCGGGUGCAGCCUGGCCUCCUCCUUGGUGCGGCCCGCCGUCCUGGCCGCCACCACGCUGGCGCUGCUCCUGCUGCUGUGCCUGGGCCCAAGCGCCACAGGUGGAAAUGCACUCAAGCUGAUGCUUCAGAAGCGGGAAGCGCCUGCUCCAAAGAAAGCCGACGUGGCUGUGGACGAGAACAAAGCUAAGAGCUUCCUGGGCAGCCUGAAGCGCCAGCGCCGGCAGCUGUGGGACCGGACCCGGCCGGAGGUCCAGCAGUGGUACCAGCAGUUCCUCUACAUGGGCUUCGACGAGGCAAAAUUUGAAGAUGAUGUCACCUAUUGGCUAAGCAGAAACCGGAACAGACAUGACUACUAUGAUUACCACCACCGUCACUACGAUGAAGAUGCCGCCAUUGGUCCCCGGAGCCCAGACAGCUUUCGGCAUGGAGCCAACGUCAAUUACGACGACUACUGACCGUGGUCCCCCCUGACUGGUGCCAGGAGGGUCCCUCUCCUCUGCCUAACCUGGCACAGGCGGCCUCUGCGGUGCUUUGUUUCAGUUGCUCUUUUCUGCCCGCUUUCUGUGACCAGCAAGGAAGGCUUCAAACAAGGAAUAUACAUGCCUUUUUAUAUAGCUUAUGCAAGUGCCUAAACGUGCAUUUCUAUAAAAAAAGCAAUAAAAGCAUUUUGUUUGU